AUGAAUAACGAUCGUCCAUUCUUUCCUUUCGCGGAUGCGCCUAGUAUUGUCCAAGCUCAUCAGAAGGAUUCAUAUGCUGUCUCGCUAUUGGGCAAAAAGCUUGAAGAUGCUUUAAAGUCUAUGGCUGGCCAGCUUUUUGCCAAUCGUUAUUCUGGAAACAUCUCAAUAGGCUCAAAAUUGCUUUAUUUGAUUGUAACUACUCUAAGAAACAAGAGAACACUUGGAGAAGAAUACGUGGACUUAAUAUAUGUUGAUAGGAAUGGUACCAGGCUUGUGAGAAAGUGGCGACGUCUACUUUUUAUUCUGUCUUACACUGUGCUACCGUAUUUCCUUGCAAAAGUAUUCAAUCGAGUCAAGAAGAGCUUUAUAAAAGAGUCCGAAUAUGAUGAUAAUGAAAACAAGAAUGAGGUCCUGGAUUAUCUAAGGGAUUUGACUUUUAAAGAUGUCAUCAAUAACAUUUUGAAUUUACAUAUACUAACGUUCUAUAUAUCGGGUAAGUUCUAUCAACUAUCCAAAAGGGUUUUCGGUUUACGGUAUGCAAUUAGUCAUGAUGUGAGUGAGGAAGAAAGUAAAUUACGGAUGUCCAAUUCGAGAACAUACAGGAUCCUUGGAGGAAUUGUGUUCUUGCAGUUUCUUGUUAAGAUUGCGCCUUUAGUCGGUAAGCUGAAAACAAGGUAUAUAAAAAGGUCGACAAAUGAUGGAUCUGACAAAACUGGAGUGGUUUCAGGAAUACCAACAGAGGGAACAUAUCAGAAGUUGGAUUUGAAUGAUGCUGGGACUCUGUCUUUUAUCCCUGAACAAUCUCGCAAGUGUAUAUUGUGUCUUGUAGAUAUGGUUGAACCAAGUUGUUUACCCUGUGGCCAUAUGUUCUGCUGGCAUUGCAUAAUUCAAUGGUGUAGCAGUAGACAGGAAUGUCCACUAUGCAGGCAGCACUGUUCGAAGCAGUCUGUACUGCCAAUUAGACAGUAUUAG